AUGGGUGCAGAGGGCGAUUCGAGCGAGCCUAAAGUCAGUGGCGAUGGAGGAGGAGAGCAGAUUAAUAUUCGAUGCUCCAAUGGGUCGAAGUUUUCGGUGAGGGCGAGCCUGGACUCGACUGUUGGGGAUUUCAAGGCAAUUUUGGCUCAGAAUUGCGAUAUUCCAGCUGAGCAGCAAAGGCUGAUUUACAAAGGUCGUAUUUUGAAGGACGACCAGACCCUGACUAGUUAUGGUACGGCUGAUCAUACUGUUCAUAUGGUACGUGCCUUUGCUGCAGCUGCCUCAACCCCUGCUGCUUCUGCUGCUAAUGCUACUUCUGCAAGUCCUAACACUGCACCAGGUGUUACACGUGGUGUUGGCUCCACUGAACGCGAUGGGCUUCAAAGUCCCGACCUUGGGGCAUCUUUGUUAUUUGGGCAGGGUUUAAACCCACUUGGUGGUGGUGGAGGAGCUCCUGGUUUAUUUGGAGCUGGGCUUCCGGACUUUGAACAAGUGCAGCAACAACUGACUCAGAAUCCGGACAUGAUGAGGGACAUAAUGAACAUGCCUGCCAUUCAAAGUCUAAUGAAUAACCCUGAUUUGAUGCGAGGCUUGAUCAUGAACAAUCCGCAAAUGCGUGAUAUCAUUGACCGGAACCCAGAGCUUGCACAUAUACUUAAUGAUCCUGGCAUUCUCCGACAGACAUUAGAAGCUGCAAGGAGCCCAGAACUCAUGCGUGAGAUGAUGCGAAACACUGACAGGGCAAUGAGUAAUAUUGAGUCUUCACCUGAGGGAUUCAACAUGCUAAGGCGGAUGUAUGAAAAUGUUCAGGAGCCAUUUUUGAAUGCUACGACAAUGACCGGGAAUGCUGGAAAUGAUUUGGGUUCAAAUCCAUUUUCUGCUCUUUUGGGCAACCAGGGUGGGGCACAAGUCAGGGAUGGGUCUAACAACCCUUCAACCACUGGUUCAGAAACGACUGCAGGCUCUGUUGCUCCGAAUACAAACCCACUUCCCAACCCGUGGGGCAAUACUGUUGGAGGAAAUCAACCAAACACCACCAGGCCACCUCCUGCUGGGGAUGGAAGGGCACCUGGUAUUGCUGGCCUUGGAGGGCUUGGUCUCCCCGGAAUGGAACAGAUGCUUGGUGGCAUGCCAGAUGCUAAUGUAAUGAAUCAGCUUUUGCAGAAUCCAGCAAUAUCCCAGAUGAUGCAAAGCAUGCUCUCGAAUCCCCAGUACAUGAAUCAGAUUAUGAGCCUCAAUCCUCAACUACGCGGCAUGGUUGAUUUAAAUCCUCAACUUAGAGAAAUGAUGCAAAAUCCGGAGCUCUUACGUCAGUUAACAAACCCAGAGACUAUGCAGCAAAUGCUUGCUUUACAGCAGUCACUAUUUUCUCAGACCAAUCGACAGCAAUCAACUCAGGAUCCAGCUCAGACUGGUGGUGUUACAGGAGGCCCUAAUAAUGCUGCUGGGUUGGAUAUGCUGAUGAACAUGUUUGGUGGUCUUGGAGCUGGCAGCUUGGCUGCUGCAAACAACCCUAAUGUGCCACCUGAGGAACUGUAUGCGACGCAGCUGACACAGCUUCAAGAGAUGGGUUUCUUUGACACCCAAGAGAAUAUCAGGGCAUUGCAAGCCACUUCCGGGAACGUCCAUGCUGCAGUAGAGCGACUUUUAGGGAAUCCCGGGGCGUAA